AUCAGGGGUAAAGAGAGAGAGAAAGAGAGAGACAGAUUUCACUCCUCCACCACAGAGCUGCUGCAGACAGACCUGCUCCAGGAUGCUCCUCCUGCUGGUGAGCGCGUGCCUGCUGACGGUCACGGACAGCAAGAAAACGUAUGGGGACAUGUUUCCUCACAAGCACAAGCCCCCGUUCCCGUACCCCAUCCCGGGCUGGGAGCCGGACACUAACCCGUGGGAUGAUGGUCUGUACCCGCCGUUCCCGCGGCUGCUCUCACACAGACACGGUAAACCAAAGGUGCGCCUCACCAGCGACAGCCCCGCCAUGAACGGCUCAUCCAUCACCUUCAGCGCCCGCCUGGAGUACCCGCCCUGCCAGAGAGAGGACCAGAGCGGAAACCUGCUGUACGACGAGCCCUGCGAGGACGGUAUGGUGGAGGCCUCAGCCAACGGACAGGUGCAGUCCGCGUUCAUGAUAAACUGGAGCUCCUGGUUGGACGAUUAUGGUUUUGGAAAGUGUACGGAUCUGAAGCGAUGCAACGUGUUCCCGGACGGCAAACCGUUCCCACUGCACAGUGACUGGAGGCGCAGGGGCUACGUCUACGUGUGGCACACCAUGGGUCAGUAUUUCGAGACGUGUGAUGGCUCCUCCUCCAGUCUGACCCUCAACACCACCAACUGGACGUUUGGAGCCGGGGUGAUGGAGGUGAUGGUGUACCGUAAGCGGGAACGCAGGAAGUAUAGCCCUCUCUCCACCGACAACACCGUGUUCUUCGUCACAGAUAAGAUCCCCCUGGCUGUGAACAUCUCUCAGAAGGAAGGCGUGAACAUCUCUGAGAGGAACGUCUUCUAUAAAGGCUUCGACAUCAUCUUUAACGUUCAGGUUCACGACCCCAGCAACUACCUGAAGACCGCGGACGCCGUGGACUUCAUAUGGGACUUCAGAGACGGGAACCAGCUGGUCACCCACAGCAACGUGGCGACCCACGCCUACAGCGCUCUCGGGAACGUCACGGUGAAGCUGAUCGUGGAGGCGGCGUUCCGCAUCCAGUGUCCUCCACCCACGCCUACACCCAUGCACUUCACCCUGCCAUUUACUACAGCAGUGGCCACGCCCCCUCCUCCUACCCAAGCCACCACAACCAAACUGGAGACCACUAACGCCCCACUGGUCACCACUGCACCCCCCACCACGGCCCAGCGCAUCCCAGUGACGACCCCAGUCCCCUCCACCGAGCCCUUCCCUACUGAUCCAGAGGUGAACACCAGCACUGAUUCGGGGAUUAACUCCACCAGCGCCGAGCCCACGCCUCCACCCGCACUGCGACACACACACCUCACACAGUCGGAGUGUUUCCGCUACAUGCAUGGAACCUUUGAAGAUGAAAUCAUCAUAACUGAGCCUCGUUCCGUUCUGUUCAGUGCACCUCCGAGCAAAAUCGUGGGGGUAUCUGCUGCCAAAGUGACCAACAGCACUGUCAAGUUUGUGGUGACGUGUUUAGGAAGGAUCCCUACCUCAGCCUGCACCACCGUGGCGGACUCUACCUGCCGCCAGGUGGUGAGCAUCAUGUGUGAUGAUGUGCCGCCCUCUGCAGAGGGUUGCCAGGUCUCCCUGAAGCGAACCUUCCAGGAGCCAGGAACCUACUGCGUCAACAUCACUUUAGGGGUUCCAGGAGGACUGGCACUCGCCACCACCACAGUUACUAUUGGAGACAGCCCUGAGAAAGGUUCAGGUAAGUCACCUCGUGUGGCUGAGGUGGUUCUGUCUUCCACUGCUGUGCUGGUGGUCAUCUUCGCCUGCAUCGCCUUCAUGGUGUACAAGCGCUACAAGGUGUAUCGCCCAGUUCGGCGCUCUAUGCUGGAGGACGCUGAGGGAGUCCGAGUGGUCAGCAGUCCUCUGAGCAAACUGAAGGCGGCGCUGUUCCCGACUGAUGAAGAAAGAAGCCGCCUGCUGACUGGCAGACGAGUGUGAGCCGGAAACUACACCUGAGAAACACCUGAAGAACACCUGAGCUACAACCUGCCUGCCUCCUGCUUUCAUUGAGGACGGCGGGGGGCAUACGUAACCUUAACUAAAUAUGUUUAAAUACGUUUCUGCAGUAAAGAAAAUACUACAGUUACCUAAAACUACAGUAUUAUUCACUUAGUACUGGGGGGGCGGUUUGAAAUUUGAUUGUUUGAUGGAUGCGUAAUGUAUGUAGUUUCUAAGGGCUGGAUAAUCUAAGACUUAUACUUUUUUUUGUAACAGCCGGAUGUUGUGUUGUCUUCUUUUUGUUUUAUAUGACUAGUUUAGAAGUGCUGAAAACACUUUAAAAUAACCAUAUUGCUCUAAAAGUUCUAUAUUUCCACUUAGAUAUUGAAAAGAAAUAUAUAAAAACUGAAUUAUAUUCCUUAAUACACUGCAAAUAGUGUAUUUAUAAUGUAUCUUGCAUAUCAUGAUAUAUAUGCCCCCCCCCAAAAAAAAAUAAAAAAAGUAUUUGUUCGUGUUCAAGUAAAGAUGCACUAAAAGCUCUAAAUGCUGGAAUCUUACCGAAGCAUAUCUUAUUUUAUUUUUUGUUUUUGCAUUUUUUUUAUUGCCUUUUAAUUAAUUAUUAAUUCACUGACUAAUGUAAAAAUGACUCUCAUUAAUGCUAAUGGAGAAGUGAUUCUAAUAAACAUUAAAAACAA